CCCAGAAAGUUGUUCCUUAAUUGUUCCUUCUUCCUGUUCUGCCUUUACUCUGCGUUAUCUGACUGAAAGGAUGGGAACAACCCCAUGAUAUUCCAUUUUCCUUUCCAUUAAAUAAAACCCCUUUAAACCCUGGCAGUGCCCAAGGCCAGGCUGGACACUGGGGCUGGGGCAGCCUGGGACAGGGGGAGGUGUCCCUGCCAUGGCAGGGGUGGCACUGGGUGGGAUUUAAGGUCCCUUCCCUUCAGAGGGUGACUGUUACUAGGUAAUUGUCAUAACCCUGACAAAAUACUCCAAACCAAGUCUUUUAAUACACAUCUGAUUAAAAAGAAUAUUUUCUUGUCUCUAGCAGCAUAACUGGCAAGGAUGGCCAAGCUGCAAAACUUCACUUGGGCAGUGGAAGAUAUUUUCAAGGACACCUUCCUCAAUUACAUGAACAGCUGGAGGAGAAACAUGACAGAGGCAGCGAAUAAACUGCAGGCUGAGGUGGCUGCUGAGAACUUUGACUACGUUAUCCUCUACCUGAUGGUGAUGAUUGGGAUGUUCUCCUUCAUCAUCGUGGCCAUCCUGGUGAGCACGGUGAAAUCCAAGAGGAGGGAGCACUCCAACGAUCCCUACCACCAGUACAUCGUGGAGGACUGGGGAGAGAAGUACAAAAACCAGGUUCUGAAUCCAGAAGAUCUUAAGUGUGUGAUCCAUGAAAACCUGGGGGCGAGGGAUAAAGCAAGCCCGGAAUCUCCCUGACUUUCUGGGAAUGCCAGCAGUGAGGGAUUCACUGGAAUUCCAAAGAGCUGUGGAAGGGUUGAUUAAAUUAACACACAGGUCAAUGGAUAAUGGAGUCCUGAGGAAAUCAAUGGGAUGGUUCCCGUGAGGAUCUUGGGAAAGUCCAAGAAAAAUCUAUGAUUGUGCUUCCCUUUGAUAUUCUGUUCUUUAGGAAAAUAAAGACAAGACGUGGAUAACUUGAUUAUUUGAGCAUUUUUUAAACCCAUGAGCAGAUCUGGAUGUUCCCACCUCAGAAAAACUGUGAAUUAGUGGUCAAAAGUGCUGAUUUAGAUCCAAACUGUGUGACUUAAGCCCACCUUAAAAAAUAACUUGAAAAUGUCCAGUAAAAUCCUCAAUCUCCACGGAUUGAUU